AAUUUGACAGUUUUUUUUUGAGGUUAUAACGCAUUUUUGUGGCAUGUGGUGAUCAAAUUUUUCUUUAAAUAUUUAGAGGGAAAAAAAGUAGAGCAAUUAUGUCUGUCACAAAAAGAAAACGCGUAUCAAAAAAGUCGAAAUUAGCGUGGCGAAAGCACGUUAACAUUAAUGAUGUCGAAGAAUUUUUGGAAGACCAACGUCUUGAGGAACGUUUGGGGCCAUCAUUAGCAUCCCUGAACAACGAAGAAUUAUUUCAAGUAGACACAAAACCGUCAGAACCUGAAUCACUUUCUAUAAAAAAUCGAAAAAAGUUAAAACUGCAGAAACCGUUGAGGUGUUUUUCAAUUUUAGAGCCGCACACUAAAGUUCCGGAUCCAAUUAAGAAAAGGAAUCGCGUAAGAAGCAAAGAAGAGAGAAAAAAUGAAUUAAUUAAAAAGAAAGAGGCGGAAAAUCGUGCAAAAGGGAUUUUAAAGCAUAGAGAACUGCAAGCUCUGCGUGAUAAAGCAACGAAUGAAAACAAGAAACAGGCUAUACCUAAAAGAGGAGACUUUAAUCAAAAUAUUUGGGACCAAGAAGACAAUUUGAAUGAGAAAAAUGAGUGGUUUUCAAACAGUACAACCAAACAUAACUUGGUUGGUACCGGAAAGUCGAGAAAAACUGUGAAAACCCCAAAACGACCUAAAUCAAGUGUCUUACCUCCAGUUGAGCCACCUCACCCCGGUAUGUCUUAUAACCCCAGUUAUGAAGACCACCAAGAUUUGCUUAAAACAAUCGUCGAAAAAGAAACGAAAAUAAUCAAAGAAGAAGAGCACUUGAAUCGCGUUACGAGAGACAUGUUUAGUAAAGUGUCAGAGAAGCAAAAAAAUUCAAUGUGGAUGGAGGAAAUGUCCCAAGGUUUACCCCAAGCCUCAACACAACAAAGCGACAAUGAAAGUGAUGGAGAAUACAAAUCAAUUAAUCCACCAACAAAAAAUCGCAAAAAGACUCAACAACAGAGGCGCAAAUUGAGAGAACAAAAGAAAUUAGAGUUACUUAAACAAAUUGCCAAGAAAGAAAAGAAGAAAAUUUCAGACAUCCACCGAAUAAAACUCCUGAAAAACCAGAUAGAAAAGAGGGAAAAGACCACUCAGAUCUUGAGGGAAAAGCGAAAGAAAGUUCAAGAAUUGAAAAAGACGGAACCCAAGCGUUUGAGUGCAAUUAAAUUCGAAGAAUGCGAUUUAGAGUUUAACAUGGGCCCAGAUAUUGCGGGCAAUUUGAGGAAUAUGAAAAAGGAAGGAAACUUGCUUACUGACAGGUUCAAGAGUUUGCAAAAACGUAACAUUAUUCAACCUUCAAUUAGGAGACAUAGGAAAAAAUCGAAAGUUAAAGUUUACACCAAACCGACCCAUAAAGACGAUUGGAUUACAACAGUCGCAAGAAAAACUGCCUCUUAAGAAAUGUAAUCAAUUUUUAUUGUUCAAUCCAUUGUGGAGUCAAUACAUUUUUAGCAUGUAUUGUGAAACAGUCGCAGUAAUAAAUAAAGAAGUAAAAGAUUU